AUGGCCAACGACGUCGUACGGAGCAGCCUCUCCUCCUCCACCGCCACCUUCCGGAACUACAGAUAUGGCCUAUCCCCGCAAAGGCUUCUGGGUAACGAAAAAUUAUCUAGUUUUUUUGACGUCUUGACAACUUCCACAGAUGAAUACGAUCAGGUUUAUGUAUCCACAGUGCGCUCACGGAACUACCCUGUCACUGGCUUCCAAUGGCACCCAGAGAAAAAUGCCUUUGAAUGGGCCGAACGUCAAAAGAUCCCCCACACAGAAGAUGCCAUUCUAGUGACUCAACAUGCUGCAAACUUUUUGGUCAGUGAAGGUAGGAAAUCGUCGACCAGACCAGAUGAACAAGAAGUGCGGGACAAUCUCAUUUACAAUCACAAACCUACUUAUGGCGGGAAAGCAGGGAAAGGAUACGAUGAAGUUUAUAUCUUCGCAUAAUCAUUUCCACAAUCAACACGUAUCUGUGUGUGUGAAUGUGUCGUCGUGGCUACAAAUAAAUAUCACAAUCGCUACUCUACAAUAACGUUGUAAUAUUAACGGGCCCCCCGUUAUCAAUCAGGUUAUAUAUGACGCUCCUCCUUCAUGUAGUUUCAGCCUUAGCUGAAUCUCUAGUACGAGAAGCUGUGUCUUGCAAUCUUAGUGAGUGGUUAAGGGUGGCUCGUCGAUUCGAGAGGAACAGAUAUUAAUGUGUUUUUUCAAACGAGUCUUAUUAUUGUACUACGGUAAUCCUAUCAACAUGUGUUGCUGAUGAAUUAUUAUUCUGUUCCUGGUAUGAUCCUACUAUAUAUCUGCAACAUUAUUCACAGCA